AUGACGCGGUUCUUCCACUAUACACCCACGCGCAACGCUGCAACUCAGCGCAAAUACCCUAUCAAUGCACAAAUACCCCAUCACAUUGUAAUACUAGAAGAUGCGGACGGAACGCACCACCACGCGCAGAAGGUCAGCAAGAUUCUUGAAACUAUCGACACGAAAACGCACCUGAUCCGGCUCAUCUCACACGAGCCUCCUAUUGUGCGCAUAUAUUCAAUAUUGGAGGACAAGAUGGCGAAGUUGGAGAGGAAGGCAGAGAAAAAAGCACUGGAGCGCAAAGGGAAGAUCAUUACGAAGGAGAUGAAGUUGACCUGGUUGACGGCAGAUGCUGACUUUGAGCACAAGAUCCAGAAGGUGAAGGAGGAAUUGGAGAAGGGUUUUGUACGAGUCGACGUCAAGUUCGUGCCGAAGAGGGGGGUGCGCGCACCCACAUCACCGGAAAUGCACGAACACAUGCAGAAAGUCGCCGAUAUGCUGCAGGACGUGAGCAAUGAGUGGAAAGAACGGUCAAUUUUCAAGGGAGAAGCGACUCUACACCUUCAGAGCACAGUGAAGAAAGCUCUGGAAUUGCCGUCGAAAGAGGAGCUCGAGACUCUUGCGAAGAAACGGUUAGAAAAGCGGGAACGGGUGCUGCAUCGUAUGGACAAGGAGAAACCUCAACGGAAACCAGAGGGCUUAGGAGACCUGAGUUGA